CGAAGGCCCGGGUGUAGCGGCCCUUCCUGCCCGCCUGGGGAGGCGCCCAUCGCGGAACCGGGAAAGGGUGGGGACGGGCCUGGGCCAGAGACCCGCUGGGCCCAGGCAGAGCGGGCCCAAGGAGGGCGGCCAGGCUCGGCCAGGAGCCCACGUCCUCAGGCAGAGCUCCGGGCCAUUAACAAGAUUCCUGAGACCUACUCCGAGCUCGUGGCUCUCCAGGGACAUUACUUGCAAGCACCCUAUUUUGGGCAUGUUCUCAGAGUGUAAGUUCCCUGUGCCCUGGGGCCACGUGGCAGCCAAGGCCUGGGGACCCUCAGAGGGACACCCUGUGCUAUGCUUGCAUGGCUGGCUGGACAACGCCAACACCUUUGACAAGCUCAUUCCACUGCUCCCCAGAGAUUACUAUUACGUGGCAAUGGAUUUUUCUGGCCAUGGCUUGUCAUCCCACCGACCUGCAGGCUCCCCCUACCAUUUUCUGGAUUAUGUGACCGAUGUGCGCCGAGUGGUAGCCGCCUUGCAGUGGAGACGGUUCACCCUGAUGGGUCACAGUAUGGGUGGGUCUGUGGCAGGAAUGUUCUCUUUCCUUUAUCCUGAGAUGGUGGACAAGCUGAUCCUGCUGGAAAAUCUUGGCUUUCUGCUAGCUCCAGAGGACACAGAGGCAUGGCGGAAAUCAAAACGGAUGGUGAUUGACAGAUUACUGAAUCUGGAGGCAAAGCAGCAAACUCCCAAAGCACGGAGCCCCAAAGCAGCAUUGCAGAGGCUCUUAGAAGCAAACAGACAUCUGACAGCAGAGGGUGGGGCAAUCCUACUGCAGCGAGGAGCAACUGAGACACCCACUGGGCUGGUGUAUAACAGAGACAUGAGAGUCCAUACGCAAAGUCGAGAGUCCUUCACAGUGGAGCAGUGUGUGAAGCUCCUGCAGAAGAUCCAGGACCGUGUUCUUAUCAUUGUAGCACAAGAUGGACUCCUGGUACCGCACAAGCUAGACAGUGGAAAUCACUUUGUUAAAGCCCUAUUGGAGGCAUUCGAGUCUUCCCUCAAAGAGCACAUCCAGCUAGUAUCAGUGCCUGGGAGUCAUUUUGUGCACCUGAACGAGCCCGAGAUGGUGUCUGGGAUCAUCAGCAACUUCCUGACAGCACAGAACACCAGAGCCAGGCUCUAGGAAUCCCUCACUGCUGCAGCAGUCCAGGAGAACAAAGCUAAAAAGCUGGCUCUGGAGGAAUCGUCACAUUCCUACCUUGCAUCCAACAUCAGUUUCAUGAUACUGUUUUCUCAGCUUAGUUCACUGUAGGGUGGAGCAGGUCUGCCAGGUGUUCGCUGAGGAAGAGCUGAGCAAAGUGUCUCAGUUGUCAAAGGGAAUCCUUCCUUCAAUUCCAGCUCUGUAAGUAUGGGGAUAGAGGCCCACAGCAACCUUCCCCUUGCUUGCUCCUAACUUGCAGCCUGAAAUGGAGCAGGAAUACAGGCAGAGGCAUCCUCUCUGGGAGCAGCAGCACCAGCUGUAGCCUUACAAGAGAGGGGUGGCUCAUCUCACCUCCUCCCCAAGGGUGGUGUGACCAGUCUCCUCCCAGGAUUAGACCUACACAAAAAUCAGGAAAGUGUUCUGCUUCUUUGCUUUCUUCCAAGGGUACCUGAGCUCACAAGACCUCAGUAGCUCUGUUCUACCACGAGAGCUGCUGCUUUUUGGAAAAAAAAAAAAAAAAUCAGCUUAAGUGGAAACUCACCUGGGCACAGAAGGCCAUUUUAAUGAACUCCUAGGGAAUAAGUCACUAAUCCUCUAGCUGAAGCAGCUAGAACUACUAAUAACAGAAAAGUUUUCAGAGAUUAUUUCUGUCCUUCUAAAUAAAGAUUAACUGUCAUCUUGACUCUA